UUUCUCCGAAAUGGUGUAGGGUUUCCUGCCUGAGCAGGGGGUUGGAUUAGAGGACCUCCAAGGCCCCUUCCAACUUUACUACUAUUACUAUUACUAUCCACAUAGUAACUUAUAUGACUUUUAAAAGGCAGCCAAUUUUUUACUUGACUUCCACUUUUCUUUGGAAAACUUAAAAUAAAAGGAAAAAAUUGUUGCAUCUCAUGAAUUCCAUCGAUCCGUUUUUGUUGUAAGCAGCAUGAAUUAUUGAGGAUUGUCCAAAGUAUCACAAUGGCUUAGGUAGCAGUAGAACUGAUAUCACCCUGACCUGCUGCUUUGUUCCCAAUCAGGAAAGAGCUAGAUGAGUAACAAGGAGGGGCUCCACUCUCUGCAGACUACCCUAUGAAGAAAGGCUGCUUGGUGCAACCAAGCACACGAGUAUACAGAAGAGCAUUUGAAGCAGAUAGCCGUAUCUGCAAGCAUCUCACGUUGCUGUCCUUUUGGUGCACUUGGUCUACUAAACAACGAUGACUCCCAUAGCCAAAUCUUUCUAUGAUCUCAGUGCCACUGAUCUCCAAGGGGAGAAAGUGGAUUUCAACAAUUUCAGGGGAAGAGUGGUUUUGAUAGAGAAUGUGGCUUCUUUCUGAGCCACCACAGUGAGGGAUUACACCCAGAUGAAUCAGCUGCAGAGCAAAUACCCUCGAAGGCUGGUUGUCCUGGGUUUUCCUUGCAAUCAGUUUGGUUACCAGGAGAACUGCAUAAAUGAAGAGAUCCUCCACAGCUUGAAAUAUGUGAGGCCCGGAUCUGGGUUUGAACCCAAUUUUACUCUUUGCCAGAAGUGUGAGGUGAAUGGCAACAACACCCACCCUGUCUUUGCCUACCUGAAGGAUAAACUCCCUUACCCAGAUGAUGAUCCUUCCUGCUUCAUGCUGGAGCCAAAGUUCAUCCUGUGGAGCCCCGUGCAUCGCUACGACAUUUCCUGGAACUUUGAGAAGUUCCUGGUGGGACCUGAAGGAGAACCUUUCAAGCGCUACAGCUCCAGGUUCCUCACUAGCAGUAUUGAGCCUGAUAUGCAGCGCCUCCUGAAGCUUGCCAAGUAAGAAAAAAAGCAGAAUUCCCAACAUUAUAUAAGUAGCCUUUACAUAGGCCCGUAAUCAGAAUUUUAUUUUAUUUUCUUCUCUCUCUCUCUCUCUCUCUCUCUCUCUCACUCACUCACUCACUCACUCAUUCACUCACUCACUCACUCUUUUUCUGAGUAUUUGAGGUCCUUCAGCCUGGCAGAGGCAACAUCAGACUUCUACUGAAUGACAGUCUCCUUUAAAAGCUUCAAGGAGGAGGCCUGAAAAGUGUAAAAGUAUUGAUUCCUUGGCUCUCUCAUUUGCUGAGUACUGUUUGUUUCACAAGUUAAAUAAAUGAAUUGAAGAAUUUUCCGCUCUGUUUAUUUUAAAAUGAAGCGGCCAUUAAUAACACCCACGCUGAAAAACAUUUUUUUAAAAUCACAUCUCUCCUUCCUAUGUUUGCCUUCAGAUGCCCCAACUUCUUCUUGGUUCCUUAAAUUACUCUCGGAUGGCAUUUCUUAUAAGCAUUUAAUGACAGUCACCUAAUAUUCUUCCACAGCUUAAGAGCUGCAGGGAAUAAUAGACGGAGGAGAGUUUAACCUACUGAUGGAGGUGUUCUUCCAAAGGUUUUCUGUUUUUGUUUUUUGUUUAUCUUAAUAAUACUGUCAGCUGCCACAGAUCAGGUUCAACUGGCUCCAUCAGCUACAGAUAGUCCUCAACUUAUGAUCCCAAUUGGGACAAGAAUUUUCAUUGCUAAACAAAGCAGUGCUUAAGUAAGUCUGCCCAAUUUUACAACCAUUUUUGCAUGGUUGUUAAAAAGAAUCACUGCAGUUGUUAAGUGAAUCACAUGGUUGUUAAGCAAAUUCAGCUUUCCCAUUGGGUUUCCUUGUUGGAAGCUGGCUGAGAACAUCGCAAAUGGCAAUGUCAUUACUCCAUUCUACUUCAACCAUCAUAAAUACAUACCAGUUGCCAAAUGCCCAAAUUUUGAUCAUGUGAUCAUGAGGACGCUGGAAAAGUCAUGUGCAAGGAAUAAUGACUAACAAGGCCAUUAUUUUUAGUGCUGUUGUAAUUUUGAACAGUCACUAAAGAAUAGUUGUAAGUCAGGGACUGCCUAUAGAUUGUUCUUAGUCUGUUGCCAAGAUCCUUUCAAGCUCAGCUCCAGGAAUUAUAAAAAGAGAAAUGGUCUGGAUUUAUAAGUGCUGUAAAUUUCUGCCCAAAUCCUAGAAAUACGAAACAUUAAGCAAAUCCUGAAUACCCAAGAGACGGUAGCAAUCUUUCUAGUCAAGCAAGCACUAAUAAAUUCUCUUUUAAAAUAAUGAAUCCAAAUUUAUAGUUCAUUUAUUUAUUUUAAAAUUUGAAUACCACCAAAUCCCUGAACUGUAAGGAACUUGCAUUAAAAAUGUUCAAUAAAAAUAGCACAAUAAUGAAGAGUUUAAGUGGAAAAUGGGAAGAAUAGGGAGGACAUUCUUCUUCUUGGAUAGCAUAUGGAUAGCAACAACCACAGAAUUCCUAUUUAAUUCAGUGGGGUAUAUCCAGCAAUGCCUUGUAACAGACAUAUUACAUACUUAAACAACAUCUUUGAUCUCAGACUAUCUGCAGAGUUAAUUGCAAAGAGGAUGGUUUGAAAGACACUCUCUCCUGAUUAAAAUUCAUUACAAGGGACUGUUCUUUUUCUCUCCUUUCUAAAUAAUUGAUCAGAGGUUGUAUUUAAAGUAAAGGAAAAACUAGCUUCUUUAGUAGAUUGUUGUUUGAGCCAAUAAACAAUAUAUUCAACCAUCUCUGAUAUCAGCAACCUAGCUAAACGAAAUCAAAAAUUAUCUUCUAGCUUCCUCCACUUUUCUCAAUAACACUAUGAUAAGGACACAAACCAGUUUUUAUCAGUGUCUUCAGGCAAACAUAUUCUAGGAAAUAGAAGAAGCACACACUUCAAGAUGGUUUUGAGAUUCAAGGUCUGCGGGAUAUUCUCUUUUAGUACCUAUUUUUUUAUACUCCUGACUUUUCACAAAAAGGCCACGUUAACCUGUGUAAAAAAAAGGGAGGAAAGCAUCAUUUCAAGCUAAUUUAAAGUCUAACCAGAAGUCCCACUAAACUCAAUUAACUUACUCCUACAUAAUUGAGCAUGGAAUUUCAGUCUUAAUGUGCCAUGAAUAUAAUUUCAUCCACUUCAUUGGUCUUUAUAAUACAUUCCAUAAAAGGUAACGCCAAAAUCAGUUAUAAAAAAAUCUCCAAUAAGGAUGAGAUAAUGAAUAUAUACUACUGCGAAGCAGGGCUAGUAUUAUGAAUACCCUAAGAUUGAAUAAUGAGUCAUAGGUUUUCCAAUCAUUUAGAAAAGAAAAUAACUAUAGUGCAAAUGAUGGAGAAAUUGUUUUGAAGGAAACUUUUAAGUUCUACAAAAAUAUUAAUUGCAAGGCUCCAAUAGGGUAUCUGGCUUUUCAAAUAUUAUGUUACUGAAUUUAUCUGAAGAUUAGCAAAUAUUUAAGUAGAACAAUAGGAAGUAUUUUUCUUAAGAUUCUGGGUAAAAAUUCAACCCUGGAAAACUAAGGGGAAAAAACCAAAUUCCUCUGAAAUUCUCUAAUUUGUAUCUCUUCUUGAAUGUGCUUUCUAGCACAUUUAUAAUGUUUCUGUAAAAAUUAUACUUUACUGUAUGUAAAGUUCUCAUGCUCCAGAACAUGAGAGAUUUUGGUUAGUGAUAAGCACUCUUAUUGUAAGAUUAUAUAAUAAAAUAUAUUUAUAUUAUAAAAUAUAUUUGUGUAAUUGCUAAGAGUCAAAAUCAACUUGAUGGCAUGUAAUCAAUGAACAAUCAAUAAUAAAAUAAUUUUAUUUAAUAAAAAUUACCAUUUAAAUGCCACAAAAUUUAACAAAAACCUCUUUCCAAACAGUUUUGAAUAGCAAAUUUCUCUGUAUAACUUAUCUCAGAAUUGCUUAUAAAUUAAUAUUGUUUGAAGUGCCUACAGUUCACAUAUUAUUUAGUGAAAGUGAAUUUUAUUUUCUAGAUUUGGUGAAAGGGCAAGUCUAAAAAUUAAAAGCCAACAGAUAAAUUCAUGGUUAGAUUUCCACCUUAAAUAUAUAAUGAUAUGUAAGAGUUCCCAAAUUUUCUUUAAAACAGUUUAUCAUCACAAAGGAGUAAUUGACCAGUUAGUAAAAAGACAAAACUUAUAAGAUAAAAUUAUUUAAGAAGCUAAAAAAUUCAUUAGAUCUCCAUAAUUUCUAAUCUUCACUAACACACCUGGAGAGCAUGAUAUUGUAAAAUCUAGCUUAGAAUUGAACAGAUAACUAAUAGGCAGCCAUCCUCCACAGAAGAAAGAAAUGGGUUGUUGCUAGAAUACAAACAAUCCACUUUCAUUCUUGACCAAAGUAAAUCAGGGUCAAUCUAUAAGGAUCAGAAGUUGUUCAUAAUUCAAAGAAUGUUGUAGAUAACUGGGUUUAUAGGAUCAAUACUGUGUAUUUCCUCAACUCUUAAUUUGACAGGUUCUGGAAAUGCUAAAGAAAUAGCUCUACACCAGUGGUUCUCAACCUUCCUUUACAGUAGUACAAUCUUCAUGUACCUCCCCUACAAACACCAGUUUAGAAAACCCUGGUCUAAGCAAUUAUCAUCAUCUAUAUAUAAAAGAUAAACUGUUUGCUGUAUAAACAUGCAGAGGCACACACUUUCAUGUAAGCAUUCACAAAUCUUCACCAUUUAAUAAAAACAUUAUUUAACAGAAGACCCAUAUUUAACUGAGGAUGGAUGGAGAAGCCAACUCACUACAGGACUACUUGCCACGGCCAACUUGCCACGAGACAACUCGUCGUGGGACAAUUUAAAAAUUCAAUUAUUUAAAAUAAAUAAAAAUAUAUUUCAAUUUUUAUCA